UUGUCUCAGAAACCAUCCCAUUCCAGUUAUAAGUACGAGGUAAUGGCCUCAUGUCCUAGCAACUGUUCAAGCAAGCUAGGCAAGCCGGCCUCCUAACUCCGACAAGAUGGAUCACACGGAGGGAGAAGCAGCGGAAAGAACCGAAUGUGAAUCCGAAAAAGUAGAGCUUUUGCUCAAUUUUUCCAUGGAGCGCAACGGUGAUGGGCUGGGGUGAUAGACUCACAUGCUCCGAAUGAUAGACAGCAAGGGUGUAUCAUGGAGUCUGCGAAAUCAUUUAAAAUGCAUGCAUUUCUCCUAACCUUGACGUAAAGAAAUGAUCGACAAACAGGCUACAUCAUCUCUCAGCCUCAGAUAGAUUGCGUGAUCGUCACGAUUGAUCUUCAAUUCCUUUUCAGCUUCAUAUUCGGCUACCUAGGUACCAAGGUAGACAAAACUCCCACCUCACAAUGAAGUGGACCCCCAUCGCGGCCAUCGUCGUCUUCGGCGCGAUGAACGUGGUCGGCCACGCGACGUUCCAAGAUCUUUGGGUCGAUGGCGUCGAUAUGGGCGCCACAUGCGCAAGGCUCCCGCUAUCGAACUCGCCUAUAACGAACGUAGCAUCCAAGGAUAUCGCCUGUAACGCUGGGACAAGCCCCGUGUCGAAGAAGUGUAGCGUAGCGGCAGGCUCAACAGUGACGAUUGAAAUCCACCAGCAACCCGGUGACCGCACCUGCGCCACCGAAGCCAUCGGCGGCGCCCACUACGGGCCCGUGCAAGCAUACCUAAGCUCCGUCUCCGACUCCUCUGCAGCCGACGGGUCAACCGCAUCCUGGUUCAAGAUCUUCGCCGACACGUGGGCCGCGAACCCAUCGGGUGGCUCAGGCGACGACGAUCACUGGGGCACCAAGGACAUCAACACGUGCUGCGGCCGCAUGGACGUCAAAAUCCCCGCGGAUCUCGCGGCGGGGGACUAUCUACUUCGGGCCGAAGCGCUGGCGCUCCACACUGCGGGGCAGAGCCAGGGCGCGCAGUUCUACGUGACGUGCUUCCAGCUGACCGUCACGGGCGGCGGCAGCGCUAAGCCUGCUGGCGUCUCGCUGCCUGGCGCGUACGAAGCUAGCGAUCCAGGCAUUCUUGUUAACAUCCAUGCCAAGUUGAACUCCUACACAGCGCCUGGUCCGGCCGUUUAUGCUGGCGGUUCGACGAAGAGCGCUGGCUCACCUUGCGCUGGCUGUGAGAAUACGUGCAAGGCGGCCCGAAGGCGUUUGCGUUAUUGAGUAUGCAAGCUUUUCCAAAUUACCUACCUACUAGCUUUCUGUUUGAUCGAGCAGGGGUUGCAAUAAAUUCAACAAUUAUGCU